AUGUUGCCGGAGUGGCUGGGGGCCUGGAGCUGGUCGCUGGACGGCCUGCGGGAGCGCAUCGGCGCGGGCAUCCAGUCCGUGCGGGACUGCGACAGCACGGCCGCGGUCACCGUGGCCUGCCUGCUGGUGCUGUUCGUGUGGUACUGCUACCACGUGGGCCGGGAGCAGCCGCGGCCCCACGCGGCCGUGGCGGCCCUGGUGCCGGGCGCGGGCGGGCGCGCGGGGCGCGGGUUCGAGUGCUGCGGGGCCCCGGCCUGCGCGCGCUGUGCGCACGGCGACGGCCUGGACCACAGGCUGUACGCGGGGCUGCAGGAGUACGCCAAGCGCUACUCGUGGGCCGGCAUGGGCCGCGUCCACAAGGGCGUCCGCGAGCAGGGCCGCUUCUUGCGCGGCCGGCCGGCCAUCCAGAAGCCCGAGGUCUUCUUCCUGCCCGACCUGCCCACGGCGCCCUACUUCCCCCGCGACGCGCAGAAGCACGACGUGGAGCUGCUGGAGCGCGGCUUCCCGACGGUGCUCGGCGAGUUCGAGGCCCUGUCCAAGGCCUUCUCCAACUGCAGCCUGCCGCAGGGCUGGAGGGCCAACAGCACGGCCCGCGGGGACUGGCUCACCUUCCCGCUCGUGAGCCGGGGCGUGUGCGUGGCCGGCAACUGCAGGAGGUGCCCACGGACGUACCGCCUGCUCGGCAGCCUGCGCACCUGCCUCGCCAGCAACGUGUUCGGGAACGCGUGCCUGUCCGUGCUCAGCCCGGGCACCGUCAUUGCCGAGCACUACGGGCCCACCAACAUCCGCCUCCGCUGCCACCUAGGCCUGAAGACGCCGGGCGGCUGCGAGCUGGUGGUGGGCGGCGAGCCCCAGUGCUGGGCCGAGGGCCGCUGCCUGCUCUUCGACGACUCCUUCCUGCACACCGCGUUCCACGGAGGCGCGGCCGAGGACGGCCCCCGGGUGGUCUUCAUGGUGGACUUGUGGCACCCCAAUGUCGCAGCUGCGGAGCGGCAGGCUCUGGACUUCAUCUUUGCUCCAGGGCGGUGAGCGUGGCCAGGGCGGCGAGUCCAGGCAGAGCAUGGGACAGUCCCGCCCGGCCCGAAGCCACCUGCAAGACCGCGUCCACGGGGCGGGGAGUGUCCCCGACCUCCCGCUGCUCUGGUGGUCGUGGCCGUGGUCUCGCCCAGACUCCACGGACCCCACUUGUCCUCCCACCGUCGCUGGUCACAGUGCACCCACGGGCCGUGACCAGAAACGCCUCAUCCGUCUGUCCUGUCACAUCGCUGCCUGGUGUCUUCAGUCCUGAGAGCCUCACGCGGCCACCUGACUGACCACGCAAACUUCUUGUGGUCACCU